AUGGACCCAAGGAACCUCACUCUUCGGAAAAAGCGCAAAGACCGGCCUACCAUAAGCGCACCCCGAAAUGCCACUGGGCCUGGUAUUACGAAGCCGGCUGCACAGCAGAAGAAGUCAGAGAAUACUCUGACAGUCCCGCGAGAACGAAAUGCCCCUACCGAGACGUCCGAUCUUGUGAAACGACGAUACUCCACGCGUUAUAAUCAACUACCUGACUUCAGCACUGUCGGAGCUCCCCCUGUGCCCGGUCUUCCUGGUGGAAUCAAACGACGCUCACAAGCCGGUUCACCGCGUCGUCCAGGAACAUCGCCGUCACGUCCACUGCUUGUCGACAGUGAAACUCUCAAAGACCCAAACCUUCCACACGAACGCUAUGUUACCGAGCUUCUGUCUAAUGCAUCAGAACAAGACAUUCAUGAAUACCAGACCAACCUACAGCGACUCAAAAACCGGAACUCCGCCGAACUACAGCAGAGCGUAUAUCAGAACAGAACUCAGUUCAUCAAGAUCAGUAAAGAGGCGGAGAAGCUCAAGGCCGAGAUGUCAAUCCUUCAGCAUCUAAUGUCAGAGCUGACAGGUACACUUGGGCAGGCGAGCUCAGGGACCAGCAACAGUACAUUCUCGCCAGAUCUCAAUGGCCCAUCGCAACCCAGACGGAAUGCGAACAGGACCUCGGUUGCAAACCUGGAGCAGAUGUGGAACAUCCAGCUUCAAGCAUUAUGGAAAAAUGUCGAGAAAUCCCAAAAGUUUCUCCCCGCCGCCCCUGGUCGUCACAUCGUCGCGGAAACUGGAAACUGGAUUGAACUUGACAGUGCUACGUGGAAGGCAAAACGGCCUGUUCGGAUUGUUAUCCUGAACGAUCAUCUCCUGGUUGCGUCUAAGAAACGCAAGCGAACUGAUCCUAAUGCGCCUCAACAGGGCCCAGCCCCUACCAAACUUGUUGCCGAAGAAUGCUGGCCACUGCAAGACAUUGAAAUCAUAGACAUGGCAGCUACUAUGACCACUGGCAGCCCUGCGGCGGCCGAAGAGAAGGCAAUCCUAUCUGCACUCACCAUACGAUCUGGCGGCAGGUCGUUUACAUAUCGACAUGAGAAGCGCGACGAGAAAGCAAAAAACGGACUUCUAAUGGCAUUGAGAAAGGCCACAGAGGAUUGUCGCAAAGCUAGCAAAACCCACGAAGAGCAAAACAAGCCACAAGGUGAAAGCCUAAAUUAUUUCGCCUCGCGAGACCCGGCAUCUGCCAGAAACACAGAAAUCAUCGAGAGUAUCAAUUCCGCAAAGGAGAGGCCGGAUAUCUUGAUUGAAGUUGAUGGAAAACAGCAGAAUUUCAGAUGGGUGGAAGGACAAAUUGAUGACCUUGAUAUCGAGAUCUCUUUACAACGCUUCGACGAAGCUGUCGAAAAAGUGGAAAGGCUCCGCAAAGUCGCGAAGAGUUUGAAGAACAAUUCAAUCGCUCAGGAGCUAAUCACGGUCAAGGUUGACGAACGUGCUGCCAAACUCGCAGCAGUCCUUUGCCGCGAACUCGUGGAGACGCCUUCUUUUAUGGAAGCCACCAAGAAAACAUCCAGCUACCUCAUCCGUCUUGGAUUUGAAGACAGGGCUCGAGAGCUUUACUUGAACGCGCGGAGCGAGACUCUGACCAAGCGGACACGACAGUGCGUGUUUGAGGGUGACCUCCAUCGCUACGUGUUCACUAUCUCUUAUGUCUACUUUACAAUUGUCAAAAACACUGUGCUUAUCUACCAGGCCUCGUUCCCACCUGUCACUAUCAGCGCGUGCAUCAAGUGGGCCAAUGAGCACCUGGAGACGUUCAAUACUUUGCUGGUACGGCAAUUGAGUGCCAUAGAGAAGGACGGCAAGCUGUGGAGAGAAUGCAUGGACGUGGUCUGGGCCCAUGAAAGGGAAAUGUUGGGCGAGGUCGGUCUGGAUUUCAGAGAGGUUAUCGGACGGGGACUCGAGGUUAGAAGCAUCCCCAGUCUCAAAUAA